UGUGCGCGCGCGCGUGUGUGUGUGUGAGCAGCAGAGCGGACGCGCUCCUCGCGCUCUGGUCUCGAGCGCUUCUCCGUACACUAGUAUGAACACAUGCGGGCCAAGUUGACUCUGCGCGUCGACGCCUGCGUUGCGUACCAGAGGAAGCCAUGGACGAGUCGUCUCUGCUGGAUCUGCUGGAGUGCUCUGUGUGUCUGGAGCGGCUGGACACCAGCGCUAAAGUGUUGCCCUGUCAGCACACCUUCUGCCGCCGCUGCCUGGAGAACAUCGUGAGCUCCAGACACGAGCUGCGCUGCCCGGAGUGCCGCAUCCUGGUGGACUGCGCGGUGGACGAGCUGCCUGCGAACAUCCUGCUGGUGCGUCUCCUGGACGGGAUGAAACAGCGCCCGAGGAGCGGAGGAGGGAGAGCGGCGCUGGCGGGCUGCGCGGCCGGGGAGGCGGCUUCUUCUCCGGGGACAGCGCUGCGGGAUCUGCCCGUCGCCACGCGGAGCUCCCCGGUCAAGAACGUUCCUCAGCUGCCGUGUGGUCAAGCGCUCUACAGCUACGAGGGCAAAGAAGCGGGCGACCUGAAGUUCAGUAAAGGUGACAUCAUCAUCCUGCGACGGAAGGUGGACGAGAACUGGUUCCACGGCGAGCUGAACGGCAGCCACGGCUUCCUGCCGGCGAGCUACAUCCAGUGCAUCCGCCCGCUGUCCCAGACACCGCCGCAGGGGAAGGCUCUCUACGACUUCCAGGUCACAGACAAAGACCAGGACAAAGACUGCCUGACCUUCAGUAAGGAUCAGAUUCUCACUGUCAUUCGAAGAGUGGAUGAUAACUGGGCAGAAGGCAUGCUGGGAGAUAAGAUCGGGAUUUUUCCUAUCUUAUACGUGGAGCUGAAUGAAACGGCGAAGCAGCUGAUGGAGAUGGACAAACCGUCGGUGAGCGGUGAAGCCGUCAGCUGUAAUGGAAACGGUGCACACAGACACAUCGAGGGGAAGAAGAACGCCAAGAAGCGUCACUCGUUCACGGCGCUCAGCAUGACGCAGCGCUCAGCACAGGUGAUGGGGAACAACCGGCACUCGAUGGAGAUCAGCGCACCUGUGCUCAUCAGCUCCUCAGACCCCCGCGCCACCGCUCGCAUCACUGACUGCCCUCACCUGUCCUCCAGCGCACCUGCCACACAAGACUCUUCAAUCACAGCAAACACAGGAGCUUCAGUUCCACCGCGCAUCACGUCAACAACCGGAGAACUGCUCGCCGCCGCUAAAGUCCAGCUGCCUCUCAACAUAUAUCUGGCACUGUACGCUUACAGACCGCAGAAGGCUGAUGAGCUGGAGCUGAGGAAGGGUGAGAUGUACCGUGUGAUGGAGAAGUGUCAGGACGGAUGGUUCAAAGGAACAUCGCUGCGCUCCGGAGCGUCGGGAGUCUUCCCGGGAAACUACGUCACACCCAUCUCCAGGGCUCCGUUCGCCGUGGGUCAGACGCGCUCGUGUCUCUCUGGAGCGGCUAAGGGUCAGGCUCCUGGUUCCCCAGGCUCCGGUCCCUCCAGUCCGGUCCUGCUGGCGUCUGCGUCCCGCUCCAGCACACCCCUCAGCAGCCCGUCAUCUCCACAGCUGCAUCUGAAGAACUGUCUGCGCAUGUGCAGCCAGCAGACGCUCAGUCAGGGACGCUCCGGCAUACAGCUCGUGCACAGUCCCCCGGCGAGCAGCAUCAGUCCGUCUGGUUCUCCAGCACGGGCCCCGUCUCACAGCGCCUCCUCUCGGCCCCUGAGACCCCUGAGCUCCGUCACCAACACCAGCACAGCUCUUCUGACCGCAGCGGAGCCGUCCUCACCUGCACACACACACACACACACAGGUGUGCACAGAGCCGAGGACAAGAAGAUGGAGAAGAAAGAGAAGAGGAGCAGCGGUCUCCUGAAGCUUCUCUCUGGAGCGGCAGCUAAGAAGAAGUCUCGCUCUCCUCCGUCCGUGUCUCCGACGCACGAGCCGUGCGCUCACAGCCGAGCCGGAUCCUGUCCCAACGAGAGCGAGAUGCAGGGGGCGAUGGGAAUGGAGCCGCUGCACAGGAAGUCUGGAUCCCUGGACCUUAACUUCUCUGUGUCUCCUCCGGUGCGUCAGGCCUGUUCCUCCUCACCGCUGGCCGUCCGACCCGAGCCCAAGCCUCUGUCCCGAGAGAGGUACCGUGUGGUUGUGCCGUAUCCUCCACAGAGCGAAGCAGAGAUCGAGCUGAAGGAGGGAGACAUCGUGUUUGUGCACAAGAAGCGAGAGGACGGCUGGUUCAAGGGCACUCUCCAGCGCACCGGACGGACCGGUCUGUUCCCCAGCAGCUUCGUGGAGAGCUUCUAGAAGAUCAGAACCAGACACCAGCUCCAGACGAGCAUCUCUACUGCCAUCGUCCUCCUCACAGAUCCGUCAGGAGGACUUCCACCAGACUCAGACAGUGUCUUCAUCUCCACCUUCAAACCGCUUCAUCUUCAGCUUCACGUGUUCGAUUCCCGUCUUAAAUCAGCAGAUCGGGAGGAUGACGACACAACCAGGGUGUUAUUCAUAGCUCAUGAUGAGAUGUGAAUGUAGGAGUGAUGAAUCUCACAGAACCGGAGAAGUGGCGUAUUUCACACCAAAAUCAAGAGGGAGAAUAGAUCAAUAAAUAC